UCCAGUCACAUGGAAAAACCCUAUUUGAGCAAAGGUGAGGGGAAAGGAAAAUGGGAUUCUAACAGCUUCAGCUUUGAAGAAGAUCAUUCAUGUGGAGUUUCAUGGCCUGCAAAACAAGUCUUCACAUGUAACUUUUGCAAGAGGCAAUUCAGGUCUGCUCAAGCUCUUGGGGGUCAUAUGAAUGUUCACAGGAAAGAUAGAGCAAGGCUAAGAUUGCUACCUUCAUCAUCUUCCGACAGUCAUAACCCUAACCCUAAUUUUACUUCAUCACCAUCAUCUUCAUCAUCUAAGUUCUUACCAUACACACAUCAUCCCUGGCCUUUUUUAUCUUUACCAUCAUCAUCUUCUAUUGAUGAAGAGAAGAAACUAGAGCUACCUCAUCUUGAUCCUUUGAAUCCUCAAGGCAGGAACAAUAUGAAUAAGAAGAGGAUUAUUGGAGGUGUUUUAGGGUUUGAAGAAUUAAGGGGUACUUUUGCACAGAAAGAUGAGCUUAAGGUUUUGAAGAAGGAAGAUACAAUUAAAUUGGGCUUGGAGAUAGGGUUACUGAAGGAUCCACAAGAAGAUUUGGAUUUAGAGCUUCGACUUGGGUUUUUUUAGGUAGAAUCUUCAAUUUCUUUUGCA